AUGUCACAAGAAGAAGUCAAAACGGCCGCAGGCCUCAAGAAGAAAGUUUCUGACGUGCACGCGUUCGAUCAGUCUGGCGCCGUCUUUAAGGGGUUUCAAAUAUGGACGGAUUUGGCUCCUGCUGUUCAGCAGCAACCAAACUUAAUGUUUGCAAAAUGCGUAGUACAGCCGGGUUCUACCCCUGAAGUGCUGCAAGUACAGCAGGUGGAGCCUGCUGGGGAUAAUGAUGUGUUUGCUGUUCCGCAUGCACAUGCAUGGAAUGUAAACUCUUCUAUAGAUCCAAUGACCUAUGGUGAUAUUGGGGAGUCCGGUGCUGGGAAGACCGAAGCUACGAAGCAGAUAAUGAGAUAUUUCGCUGCUGCGAAGGGGGGGGCUAUGGACAUGAGGAUUCAAAAUGCAAUUAUGGCUGCGAACCCUGUGUUAGAGGCAUUUGGUAAUGCGAAGACAAUCAGAAAUAACAACUCUUCUCGAUUUGGUCGUUUCAUGCAGCUGGAUGUAGCAAAGGAAGGAGGUAUUCGCUAUGGUAGUGUUGUUGCUUUCCUUCUGGAGAAGUCAAGAGUUCUAACACAAGACGAACAAGAACGGUCUUAUCACAUCUUCUAUCAGCUCUGCAAGGGUGCGGAUGCCGGCAUGCGCGAGCGCUAUCAUCUGCGUCCUCUUAGUGAAUACACUUAUAUCAACCCUAAGUGCUUUGAUGUCCCUGGCAUCGAUGACUUGGCGGAAUAUAAAGAUGUGUGCGCUGCCUUCCAAUCGAUGGCGCUGUCAGACGAACAGGUGGACUCUGUAUGGAGCGUUGUAUCAGGAGUUUUGCUCCUAGGAAACGUACAGAUUUCAGCAGCUAAGAUUGGCGGUAUCGAUGAUGCAGCAGCAAUAGAAGGUGCGAACCUGGAGACAUUCAAAACAGCCUGCUCCCUGCUCUUCAUAGACUCCGAUGCUAUCUUAAGAGAACUAACAACCAAAGUAACUUAUGCAGGAGGGCAGAAGGUAGAGAGCAGAUGGAAACAAGAAGACGGGGAUAUGUUGAAAUCAUCUCUGGCGAAGGCAAUGUACGACAAAUUGUUCCUGUGGAUUAUCAGCGAGCUGAACAAAUCCAUUAAACCCCCAGAGGGCUUUAAGAAUUUCCUUGGUAUGCUUGAUAUCUUCGGGUUUGAGGUGUUCAAGAACAACUCUCUAGAGCAGUUCUUCAUCAACGUAACGAACGAAAUGUUGCAGAAGAACUUCGUAGAUAUCGUCUUUACGCGCGAAGCGAGGUUGUACAAAGAAGAAGAAGUCUCAACAGCGGAGUUGGUGUACACAUCAAAUGCAGAAGUUAUUGGUUUGCUUACAGACAAGAAAAGCUCUAUUCUUUCCAGCUUGGAAGAUCAGUGUCUAGCACCUGGUGGCAGCGACGAGAAGUUCGUAGCUGCAUGCAAAACUGCAUUUAAGAACAACCCGAAAUUUAAACCCGCCAAGGUCUCCCCUAACAUUAACUUCCUUGUCUCGCACACCAUCGGUGAUAUUCAAUACAGCGCUGAGGGCUUCCUGUUUAAAAACAAAGACGUUCUUAGAGCAGAAAUCAUGGAGGUUGUUCAAGCCUCAACUAACGUCGUUGUUAAGGAGCUCUUCGCAGGCAUUGUUAUGGAAAAGGGAAAAAUGGCUAAGGGCCAGCUCAUUGGCUCGCAGUUCUUGAAACAACUUGAAGCACUCAUGGAUCUCAUUAAUAGCACUGAGCCUCACUUCGUGCGAUGUGUGAAGCCCAACGAUACCAAGAAACCCUUAGACUGGGUUCAAUCCAAAGUGUUGAUUCAGCUGCAUGCACUUUCUGUUCUAGAGGCCCUGCAACUCCGACAAGUUGGCUUCUCUUACAGACGUCCGUUUAAAGACUUCUUGUAUCAAUUCAAAUUCAUAGAUUUGGGAAUUACUGAAAAUCCUUCUUUGUCUCCUCGCGCUGCUUGUGAGGCACUCUUGGAAAAGGCAAAGGUCGACAGCAAGUCAUGCCAGGUUGGUAAGACUAUGGUAUUCUUAAAGCAAGAGGGAGCAAAGCAACUAACGUUGCUGCAGAGACAAUGUCUAUCUGCAUGGACGCCUAUAGUUGCUGUCUUGGAGUCUGUUUACAUGCGCUUCCGUCUCAAACAAAUGUUGUCAAAGAAACAGCACUACCUCGUACGCGCACAAGCCCAUAUACGCAGACAUAUCGUAGACCACAACGUCUCUCCUCCUGCUAUAACUCGUUUAUUUUAA